GACAUUUCCAUGAGUAUUUAGGCAAUUUAUUUGAUGUUCGUUUUUAUUAUAUAAUGAGAGAAAUAAUAGUAAUAUUUCUAAAAUAUAACACCAAAGACUAAUUGUUCUCUAUAUUCAUGACACUUUUGACUGCAGUACCUGGGCAGGAAUAAUAGCUGUUUGUUUCAUGACAAUCUGGAUUGUAUUGAAAUAAAACCAAUGACUGAAAUAUUUUUUCCAAAUCAAUGUUCUUACUUCUAGACGUGUUCAUGAUUUAACGAGGAACUCAUAUAUUUAAAUAAACAAAAAAAAAACGAUAGGAGAAUAAUAUUAAAUACAUAACUAUAUACAUGAUAAUAUAGGGUUUUGUAGAUAACACUUCAAUCAGGAGGAAUAUCAACGUAGUGCAGCAUUGUCAGCUAAGGGAUGUCUGCAAAUGACAGGACGCGCAAUGUAGCACGCAUGCGCGGCCCGGGAUUCGCUCCGGAAUGGCUUGGCCCCUCCCCCUGAAUAAUAGUGAUGGGCCUUUGGAUGUCUGCGAUAACACUUUUUUAUGAAACGAAAUUCGAAAAUCCUUUUCAAUCAUUUAAGCUCGUGAAACUUUUGGAUCCAUGGUAAAUUGAAAUGAAAUAAAUAAUUAGGAUCCUUGUCCUCUGCAGGACUAAAUUGAAGCUAAAUUGUUUUAUACUGAAUCACCUUAUUCUCUAUCAGUUAUAUAUAGUAUAAUCAUCUUCUCCAGAAUACGUACAGAUCAGUCUUUAAUGAGUUUGGAAGACACCAAGAAAGUCUUGCUGCUGCUGACAUACAGAUCGUUCUGAUAUCGUCCACAAACAAAAAACAAACAUGCACAUUUUAUAGAACAAAUUGUAAUGCAGCCUCGUCGAUACAAACAGACAGCGCGCGAACUGCCCAGCUCUACACUGCACCAUUUUCAAGGGCACAUCUUUCAGUAGGCUGCAAGCAGCCGGCGCGGUCGCGCGAUGCCAGUCCCGAUAUGACAACACAACGCGAACACCGUCCCAACGACACUGUUGAGUUAUUACCGUUAAAGUCGGCGCUCGUUAACAACAAUUACAAAGAUGAGGACGCGUAUUACCCGCCGCCUCUCAACAACAACCCCUCGAGCUCCAAUCUCUACGACUACACGCUGUUGUCGAAGAGGACGCCGGCCUCCAAAAGAUUGCUGGCACGCACGUCUCAGCCGGCGCCGACGCCGAUGUUGACGCUUUGCGGAGCGCCUCCUCCUUCCAGGAAACGAGAGGAGCUGGCAGCACUCGCCAACCUCAGGAAGAAGGUGUCACCGGCUCUCUUGCAGCCUGAGAAGUACGUCUGUAGAAAUGACAAUGAAGCGACCAAGAACACAAUCGAAGAGCCACUUGACAACAGACCCAAACUUUUACAAAGGGUUUUGCAGUCCAGACCAGUGAGCAUGGUGGUGCAGUGGAGCGAGGUGCGGACCGCGUGGCAAGACAGCGACUUUAUCACAGAGUGCCUCUGCUGGCACAACGUAUAUCGGCAGAGACACAGCGCCCCCCAGCUUUAUAUGGCACCUGAGCUGUGCGACUACGCCCAGGCGUGGGCAAACCAUCUAGCCCAUACUAACAAGUUCCACUACAGGAACGACCGCGAUGUCGGACAGAAUCUGUACCAGCGCCCGGUCAGCGCCCUGCAACCUGAUGUCACAGGUCAAGAAGUGUCUUCUUAUUGGUAUGCCGCCGUACGUCAAUACAAUUUUUUUAAAGAAUCUGAUGUCCUCCAUGCCAACGUUAAUGCAGGUCACUUCACGCAAAUGGUGUGGGUCGCAACAACGUUCUUUGGAGUUGGCAAGGCACGGUCGCGGGAUGGCAAAGUCAUCGUGGUAGCCAACUACUCGCCGCCCGGCAACAUGUCGGGGCAGUUCGAGACGAACGUGCUGCCUCCGCUGCCAGAGAACUUCCCGGAACUGCCGCCGCCGCCCGAGCACUGACGACGGCUCUCCAUACGUGGCAGGCGGCUUAAGAUCGAUGCCACGUUCCUGCAUUAAUGCAGUCGUAACUCAGGAAAUAUCGAUUUUAGAAAGCUUCAUGCUUGAUUAUUUCAUAACAGAAACUAUUUGAACAACCUAGAGGAUAUCUAAAUUGCCAAAAUAUCCGUUUUUAAUUUAAUUAGAGGAGCCAACCUCUGAAAUUUACCGCCUUCGCAGAAAACCCACUUUAGCAAGUGACCAGCUUUUUCAUCAUGGCGAAGUAAUUAUAAAAGAUAUUGAUAUUUCCUUGAAUUACUGUUACCGGCCUGCAGUAGAUUCAUUUUUAAGUUAAAAGAGUUGAUUUUUUUUUGCAUAAGAUUUAAAAUUAAACUUUUUAACAUCAUAAAUUCAUUCGAUCUAACAAGAUUCCAGGCUUUUGGCUAGUAACUCAUAAAAUAUA